AAUUUUAGAAUUUCUGCAUGCCAUCUUACGAGAUUUAAACUGAUGAUCUAUAAUCCGGAAUCGAAGUCCCGACGAGUCCGGAUUAACGACGUUUGACUGUAUCUUACUAUAUGUGGACACUAGAUGGAUUUGGAUUAAAGCAGAACCUUGGUCGGUUCAAAGUUUCUGAAUUUUUUUGUUUGUUUUACUUCUCGUGUAAUGCCACUGCCUAGUCGAGCUCGAGUUUAUGCUGAUGUGAAUUCACACAGACCAAGAGAAUAUUGGGACUAUGAAUCUCAUGUUGUAGAAUGGAGAAAUCAAGAUGAUUAUCAGCUUGUUAGAAAAUUGGGAAGGGGAAAAUACAGUGAAGUCUUUGAAGCCAUUAACAUUACAAAUAAUGAAAAAUGUGUUGUUAAGAUAUUAAAACCUGUAAAGAAAAAGAAGAUAAAAAGAGAAAUCAAAAUUUUAGAGAAUCUUAGAGGUGGACCUAAUAUUAUUGCACUUCAAGCAGUUGUGAAAGAUUUUGUUUCACGGACACCAGCAUUAAUAUUUGAGCAUGUCAACAAUACAGAUUUCAAGCAAUUGUAUCAAACCCUCACGGACUAUGACAUUAGGUUUUAUUUAUAUGAGUUGCUAAAGGCAUUAGAUUACAGCCAUAGUAUGGGAAUUAUGCAUAGAGAUGUCAAACCACACAACGUAAUGAUUGACCAUGAGAAUCGGAAGUUACGUUUGAUUGAUUGGGGGUUGGCUGAAUUUUACCAUCCAGGCCAAGAAUACAAUGUCAGAGUGGCUUCUCGUUAUUUCAAGGGACCUGAACUUUUGGUGGAUUACCAGAUGUAUGAUUAUUCCUUGGACAUGUGGAGUUUAGGAUGCAUGUUAGCUAGUAUGAUUUUCAGAAAGGAACCAUUUUUCCAUGGCCAUGAUAACUAUGAUCAGUUAGUAAGAAUUGUCAAAGUAUUGGGUACAGAAGAACUCUUCGAGUAUCUUGAUAAGUAUCAAAUAGUCCUUGAUAGCAGAUUCAAUGACAUCUUAGGAAGACAUUCACGAAAAAGGUGGGAACGUUUUGUUCACAGUGAUAAUCAGCAUCUAGUGACACCUGAAGCACUUGAUUUCCUGGACAAACUUCUGCGAUAUGACCAUCAAGAGAGACUCACAGCACGUGAAGCUAUGGAUCAUCCAUAUUUCUAUAACAUAGUUAAAGAGCAACAGGCAAGAUUUGUAGAGACUCAACGUAUGUCUGGUCACAGCAAUUCACCACCACCAGUUACUUCUAGUGCUGUCGCUAAUGCAGCCUUGAGUUCCAGCAACAUCACUGGAAUGCCAACAUCACCCAUUUCCUCUCCAAGCAUCACAUCUCUACCAAACACCACAGCAGCCCAGUCUUAAAAUUGGCUCCAUGACCUAGCUACAAUUUUUUUUUUUUUUUUUUCAUUUCUGGGAGCGUAUACACCUGGACUUCGCUCAAGCAAAGUUUUUGUUUAUUAAAACUUUUUAAAAGAAAAAUUUGGACUAUCUUUGCCAAAUUCCUUCAAAAUCCAACAAUCGUAAUGAGAGAUCGUCGACCGAAAUAAACAUCUUUGCAGCCGAAGCAUCCGUCAUCGGCGAAACGGGUACAAAUAAUUGCUGCCACGUGUUGACUGGACCUAAAAUGAUCUCUGUCUUGAUGUUUGUUUAGUUUCUUUUCCUCUGCAGCUUUAUCCUUUUUCAAACAGCAGUGCUGACAAAAUAAAUUCCAUUGUCAAAGUUUACUGUGUGCUUCGUUAGUUUCAAGAAUGAGGGCUAAGUUCAUUUUUUUAGCAUUCAUCCAUAGUUGAGUAUCUAGAAACCUGACUGGAAAUCAUAUCUUUGCAGACAUUAGGAAAUCUUAUAACAAUUGUAUUUUUAACCAGAUCAAUUACUACUUCCAUUUGUAAUGCAUUUUUGAGGAAAAAUGUCUGAUUUAAAUUAUUAUUAUUAACAAUUAGUUUUAUGUGAAACACAUUGUAUGUAGCAAUAAAAUAAAAAAAAAAAAGGGAAAAAAGAUGCCAUAACUUUUUGUGGUUUUUCUAAAAUUGUAGGUUGUUAAAUAUUUGUGUUCUGUAUGAUAAAGAUAAAAAAUAAAGGAACAUUAUAAGGAAA